UCCAAGACCGGAAGCGAGUGUGARGCAAUCAUGGCGUCGGCCCUUCUGGCGCUGAGGACGCGGGCAACUAUUACAGCCCUGUUGAGCCCUCCUUCAGCUAUAACUCUUGCUGUCAGAAAUGCAUCCAAGAAGACGGGUGGUAGCUCCAAAAACCUUGGUGGAAAGUCACGAGGCAAACAUUAUGGCAUCAAGAAAAUGGAAGGUCACUAUGUUCAUGCUGGCAACAUCCUUGGGACUCAGCGCCAAUUUCGCUGGCACCCAGGUGCCCACGUGGGGCUGGGGAAGAGGAAGUACYUGUAUGCCCUGGAGGAGGGGAUAGUCCACUACACUAAAGAAGUCUACGUACCCAAUCCCAAUAACUUGGAGGCAGUAGAUUUGGUCACCAGACUGCCCAAAGGUGCUGUGCUCUACAAGACUUUUGUCCACGUUGUUCCUGCAAAGCCUGAGGGCACCUUCAAACUUGUAGACAUGCUUUGAAGUCCUGGUUGAGGCCUUGGAACAGAGACUGGAGCCCAGGUGACAGGAGAAGGUGAUACCAGAAGUGAAGUAUUAGGGUCACAACAGGGCCUCUAAGGAAGAGGUCUGUUGGAAGUUGACUCUGUAGGAGACUCGGAUGACUGCCGGGAUACCUUUUGGAAGACCUUUCCUGGGCCUAAAUAAAGCCUGCUGGAAUCACGAA